UUCUCGGUAAAUUCCUUUCCCCCGCGCGCUCGCGCGCGCAGUCCCGUUCUCGAAGAGAAGAGACAGUGUGGCUGACGCGCUCGGUCGUCCCGCUGGCCCGUUUUGCAUUGGCUAAACGGAGACCGUGGUGUUUUUUUAGCUUAUAUAUUUAGCAACGGAGGUCGGUCUCGUAUUGCACCGCGCGUGCUGGAAAGCGCUGUUCAUCUGCAGUGCUGCUGGAUAACCGCAGUGUGUUGCGCUGCGUGCGGAUUCAGUGAACGCUUCAACUCAGCAUACUUAACUUGCCCUCCAUCACGGCGAAUGAUCUUCAUUAACGAGCGGUUUGAAAGAAAGUUGACGUAAACCGGUCGAUCGAAGCUGGAUAUCUGAUCGAGGCUUUCGGUGGCCUUGCGAAGAACCAUUCUUGAAAUGGCCAGUCCUGAAGACGAUUCAGCAUCGGCUUCCCAAUUAGAUCAAGCCGGAUCUGUAGAAAAUACCCCUGAACCAGCAUUUCAAGAAGCACAGAAAUGGAUCGAGGCAGUGACAGGAAGAGGAUUCGGUGACAAGGAUUUCAGAAGUGGACUGGAGAAUGGCAUUAUGCUUUGCGAGUUGCUGAGUGCGGUCAAACCAGGCCUUGUGAAAAAGAUCAACAGACUUCCAACACCCAUUGCUGGACUAGAUAAUCUGACCGUGUUUCUGAGAGGAUGUGAAGAGUUGGGACUGAAGGGCUCACAGCUCUUUGAUCCAGGAGACCUGCAAGAUACGUCGAUACGAGCAAACCUAACGGGCUUAGACUGCACUAGAAAACUGAAGAAUGUGCUUAUAACUAUAUACUGGCUUGGUAAAGCUGCUAACCGCUGUGCUACCUAUAAUGGCCCAACACUCAACCUGAAAGAGUUUGAGGGACUCCUUACCAUGAUGCGAAAGGAGUGUGUAAGUGAAGAGUUGGACUCCCCUAAGCGCAGCAUAAGGGACAGUGGUUACAUAGACAGCUGGGAAUCGGAGCGGUCGGAUUCGCUAUCUCCUCCGAGGCAUGGCCGUGAAGAUUCGUUCGACAGUCUCGACUCAUUUGGCACCCGAUCGCAAAACACACCGUCUCCAGACACUGUUAUUCGCUGCAAUAGUGAUGACUCUGAAGGUGACAGCAGUCAAAGAAAGUUGCCGGACGUUCGUAAGGACGACAUGUCUGCCCGACGUGUCUCCUACAAAGAACCCCGUGCCGCCCUUCCCUUCAAUCAGUACCUGCCGAACAAAAGCAACCAGACCACCUACCUUCCUGCCCCCCUGAGGAAGAGGAGGAGCGAGAGAGAGGAAGAUAGGAGGAGUGUAUCAACAUCUCCUGUAGGGGGCGACAGACCUCUCAGAGAAGAAAGUGUAGGGGUGUUAAAACAGGGGGCUGUCGUGUCUCGAACCCCUGCGUUCCAGAAAAUGCUCAGCUGGGCGGGUGAAAAAGAGGUGGAGCUGGAGGAGGCGGAGCUCAAGAAAUUUAGAAAGUUGGAAAAGGCGGGGAUUAAAGUAUUACCCGCUUUUGUGCGAUACAACAGUCCUAACGUGGUUGCCGUGGAGGCUGAUAAAGCUAAACCGCCCUCUCCUGACAUCAUUCUCCGGCGUGACAAUGACUUCCUGCGGACCGCCGUCCCACAUGAGUGGGACUCGAAUGAGGAAGAUGACGAAGAGGGACCCAGUAAGGUUCCAGAUGUUCAAAAGGAUGACCUUGCUUCUCGUAGAGCUCGCAUGAAUCAGUUCAAACCCAGUGUGAAGCAUCACUUCCUGCCGGGAUCUUGUAGCUGGAAGGACCGAGAAAAAUGGGAAGGAAUCAGACUGGCAUCCCAGCAUGCUGUACUGGAGAGGAUGGAAAAGAUGGAACUGGAGAAAAAAAGUCAGGCUGACUCCGCCUCCCCUGAGGCGUCAAUCAUAACUCGUAAGGACAAUCCUUUCCUGAAUCCUAAAAAAGAGAGAGAAAAAGAAAGAGAUGAGGAAGAUCAGAGAGAGGUAGAAAAGAGGAUAGCCAUCCCAAACCUUCAGAAAGACGAUCUGGCGAAGAGGCGGUCUGGAGGGGGGCCACGCCCACCCAGAGAUUCCCAUCAGUCAUUGGUCCAGUCUUCCAUCACUCAGUCAGACCUGGAGACAUGGCAGAGACUCAAGAUAAAUACAGAGAGCAGCGAAGCUGACUCCGCCCUUGCAGAAGUGUCAAUCAUAACUCGCAAGGACAACCCCUUCCUGACCCCUGAGAAAGAGAGUGAAAGUGAGGAGGAGAAUAAGGAGGUGACAGACAGAGAGGCAGGGGGUAGGGUGGUGGUACCUAAUGUAGAGAAAGAUGACCUGGCCAAAAGGCGGAGCCAGAUUGGGACCACCCCACAGAAAGAUCCUCGGCAGUCAUUGACUCAAACGACCAUGACUCAGUCAGACCUGGAGAAGUGGCAGAGACUCAAGAUGAAUACAGAAAGCAGCGACGAGCCCAUUGUCCCUCUAUGUCAGACGUGUCUUGAGAAAGGCUGCCUCUCUAUCGCCUCCAAGGCGAAGGUUGCCAAGAACGACCUGGCCGGUUGCCGGGAACGUCCCUCCGGUGAACGGCGGCGUUUUGUGACAUUUGGGGGAGUGACCGAGAUGGAGAGUACCUCCUGGAAAGAUGAGGAGAAUGAAGUAGGAGAGGAAGAGGGAGAUGAGGCAGAGAAACUUCGAUAUCUGCUUUCGAUUGCACCUGUUGCUGUGCCCACCAUAGGGCUGGGCUCCAUACUGACAAAGAGAGCAGUCGGCAGUGGAAACGCAAACCCUGAGCCUGCCAUAGUUCUGCCCCCUGAACCGCCGAGCCCUCUCACCUUUGACCUCAACCGACCCUCGAGCUCCGUGCAACACAGGGAGCUGGAGGAGCAGAUAGCUGAGAAAGUGAAAGAUGAGAGGGAUGAUGAUGAUGAUGAAGAGGAGAGGCAGGUGGAUAUAGAAAAGGACGACAUGAUGGCUCGUAGGACAGGGUCGUUUCAGAAGUCAGCAAGGGGAGCGGCCUACAACCGAUUUCUCCCGCUGCCAGGCUCUAAGAAGGAGAUAAAUGCAGCGGCUUCCUCAGCCCAAAAAGGAAGUAACCAGAUGGGUAUGAGCGGAGAGAGAGAACUCCAAUAUCUGGAAAGUAACAUAAAGACGAAGAGAACCAAAAUUGGACAGAGAAAUGAACCAGCUGACCAACAAGCUCCGGUUGCCAUAGUUACCCAAAAGAGCCCAGACAUAGUGCGAUCACCCGCCACCGGUGUUGACCGCUCUGGCGAUUACAAUGAAUACGAUGAGUGUUGGGAUAAAGAUCCACCACCUGACGUUGAGAAGGACGACAUGCUUGCACGUAGGACCGGAGGUUACCAAAAACUAAGAGUGGGAACGGGACAACCUUUUAAUGCGUUUCUUCCGAGUCCUGGUGCUGUCAAACAGAAAACCUCUCCUGUUCCUGGAUUGAUCCAGUCUAAGCCUAGAGAGCAGGAAACAGAUUCAUCUCUGGACAGCUUCACCCUUAGCUCCGUGGCCCCGCCCCCAAGGGAUGCUGAGGACACGCCUAGGAAGUGCCCUCAGAUGAUGGACAGGCAGGAGGCAGGCUCUAUGGGUUUGGUGGGAAAGGAAAGUCUUAUUAAAGACGAGACUUGUACCAAAAGCCUCACCCCCAUGCCUGAACAAGCCUCACAUCAGCAGGACGUUGAUGAUCUACCCCCAAUAUUCAGAGCUACUAGUGUUUCUGAUGAACGAGAGAGUGUGAGUUUGAUUGACAUGCGCGAUGAAGAGGAUGAGUUGGCCUACCUUCGGCCGCACAGCCAAUCGCGACACGAGUGCCUGCACAACCAGUACAACAAACUCAGAGAGGAGGAGGACCAGUGGCAAGAUGACCUGGUUCGAUGGAAGAAUCGGAGACGGAGUGCCUCUCAGGAUCUGAUCAAAAAGGAGGAAGAGAGGAAGAUGAUGGAGAAGCUGAUGACCACGGAUGGAGGAUCUCGCCAUCAGAGGAAGAGCAUUAAAACAUACAAAGAGAUCGUAGAGGAAAAAGAGCGUCGGGAACAAGAGCUACAUGAACAGUACUGUAGGGCCUCCACCCCAGAGGAGAAAGCAGCCAUACUUCAGCGCUACGCUCUCCGUUUCACCAUCAGUGAUGCCAUAUUGGAAAAGCUCCAACUCCCUAAACUGCCUUCCGCUGCUACGCCGGUACACACCUCCCCUCUCCACCAGCCUGUGAAAGCGCCCGCACACACAAAAGAAGCAGAGGUUCCUAAGCCUACACAAACCACCCCAACACAACCCAUCGACCAUACAGACCAGGACAUUGCACAAAAUCAGGCGCUGGAAAAUCCCAAAACAUCGGAACAAUCACUUACCAAAACUCAAGAAGUGCCAUCGGCGCCUUUCCGUCCUCUCCCUCCUUCUUCAAAGGCUUCCUCAAAGCCCGUGCCCCUAAUCACCCCAAAACCCUACAGCCAGCCCAAAUUCAACCAGGGACCCCGCAAGUCUCUGAAGACUGAUGGGCUGGUGCGUUUGAAUGGUGAGAGCACUCAGGACGACAGCAGAGAGAGCGAUGCUAAAAGGUCUCCGGUGCGUUCUGUCCCCUUCACCUCCACACCUCUGAAGCCAGUCACUCCCAGUCAAUCAAAUGAGGAGAAAACUGUAUUAGAGACCUCGUAUGACCAACAGAACUCACAGACUUCAGUUCCUGACCAGGAGAAAGAAGAUGUAAAGGAGGAAAAGGAAAGUUCUACUAACAUUCAGGAAGAAAACAAAGAGAUCUCGACUACACUGUCAGACUCGGAAACAGCAGGAAAACAGUCAUAUCCUGAAACAGUGGUGAAGCGUAACUGCGUUGUCACGAUGACUAUUGUGACAGAACUCACUCAGACACACCCCAUCCAACCAAAUGACACGCCCAGCACAGAGCAGCUUUGUGGUUCAGUCCCAAAUUCAUGUGAUUUAAACUCCACUGAGUCCAGUAAAGCUGACCAGACUUCAUACUCACAGUCACUAACAGAGGGGAUCGAUUACUCCAGUGAAUGUAUUGAAACCCCAAUGUUGAACCUUGCUAAAAGGGUUGAUCACUGGACGUGGGAUCCCAAUGAGGAGCGCAGACGGCAGGAGAAAUGGCAACAAGAGCAGGAGCGACUGCUGCAGGAAAAAUAUCAAAGAGAGCAGGAGAAGCUGAAGGAGGAGUGGGAGAGAGCACAGAGGGAAGUUGAGGAGGAAGAGAGGAGACAUCACGAGGAGGAGAGACGGAUUCUGGAGGAAACCGUGACCCCACUGACCCCUCGCACCUCAGUUUUGCCCUCCGCAAGUGUGACACAGCCACCACAGGACACUAUUGUCCUGUCAUUGGCUGACUGGGACAGGAAACAGGAAAUGCUGGAGAGACAGUCACAGACGAACCAGAGUAAUGGACUGACAGACAGUCCUGAUCAAGUGAUCACACCAGCUCAGCAGAAUGGCCAGAGAAGUGAACCUCAGGAGAGCCAAACUGCUAUACCACAACUACAGUUUAUACAAGAUGGCACAUGGAGUUGCAAAUCUAAGGGCAGACAAGAGGAUUUGAAGAAAACUGCCUCACUGGACCGUAACCAAACUCCACCCCAGAGUCAGUCCACAGGGAUGAGGAGGACUGGGUCGUGUGAAAAUGUUUUAGGAACACAUCCAUCAAAUUCACCCCCACCCUCACAAGACACAUCGCCUCCAUCACCCAGCAGGUCAAUAAGUGGAAAGAAGCUUUGCUCCAGUUGUGCACAUCCAUUGGGCAAAGGAGCGGCUAUGAUCAUAGAAACCUUAGGGUUGUACUUCCAUAUUCAGUGUUUUAAGUGCGGGAUAUGCAGAGGUCUGCUUGGUGACACAAGUGCCGGGACAGAUGUCAGAAUUCGAAACGGACUUCUUAAUUGUCAGGAAUGUUACAUAAAAUCACGGGCUGCUGGCCAGCCAACAACAUUGUGACCUUUUAAACUUAUUAUGGAGAAAUGAAAAAAUCAAGUUGAAUCAGGCCUGGAUCUUAUCUGAGAAGAAUGAAUGUUUAUAUGUUUCCAACAAUUUUCCUUAAAGCACAAUCAAGCAAAGACGUUGAACUGGAAUCAUGGGUACAACUGGUUAAACUCUGGACUGGACAACAGCAAGUAGUGUUCACACUUGGUUGAUAUAGGUUGCACUUUACCUCGCAGUGUCCAUGCUACACACAUUAUGUGUCAUGUCAUUUUAAUAGCAGUCAGAAGCACAAUAUCAGCAAGCAUGCAAAUGCAGUCGUGACUUACGGAUGGUUGGAGUACAAGUACAUUUUUACAGUACAAAAGUAAAUUUUUUGGAUUGCUUCUGCAAACAUCUUUAUAACUUACAUAGACCUUCAUAAAUAUUUUUGAAUGCAACAAUAUUAAACUUUCAUAAGAACCUUCAUAAACUUUACAGUGACCAUUUUUGAGGGCUCCUAAAAGCAUAAAAUGAGGCUAUAUAUUUUUUAUACCCGCUGCCUUUGAUGUCACAGGUAAAAACAGUUAUUUUCAACCCAGAGCUGGGUCAAAAAAGGACGGACCCAACUUGUUGGGUUGUAAUUUAACCUUUCAACCCAAAAUGCUGGGAUGUUUUAACCUAUUGUUAGGUCCCCAGAUAAUUUUCUUUGAAAAUAACCCAGCAUUUGUUGGCGUAGUGAAGGAUUGGGGAAUCUGCUCAAUUACGUGGCGCAGCAUACUUAGAAAGUCAUUGUGCAGAUUCAGAUUGGGUAGUUAGAUGGCAUUUUUGGCUCGGGUCAGCCAAGCCCAACAACUGCCAUUGUAAAUAAAUGCUAAUGAAUACCUUAAUUCAUGUAUUAUGUACUUUUUUGAAAAAGCAGGCGGUACAUACUUGCAGUCAGAUGCAUUUUAUAAUGCAACAACAUAAAAGUCAAACUCUUCCCUUUGUAAAGUAGGUUUCAGAGAAAUUCACACCACAAAGAAAAUGCACGUUGAAUAUGUUGUUUAUGAAUGUAAGUCAUUGCAUAUAUAAAUACACAGUAACAUGGACACUGUAAUGUAAAGUGUGACUGAGAAGUACGAUGCUGCGCACAAAUCCAAUUCACAAGAAAAAGUUCUGUCUUUUUUUAUUAACAUUUAUACAUAAUCUUUUUAAUAAUCAAUUUUUCUGACAGUCUAGCAGGUGUUUCACAUUACACAGUAAAUGUUAGACAACUAUGUACUUCUACUAACAAAUAACAAUGCACAGGACUUAUUAAUAACAGGACAUAAAUAUACUGGUCAAUGUUAAUUUCUACAUAUUUCAAUAUAUUUUUUACAUUUAAAGGGACAUUCCACUUUUUUUUUGAAAAUAUGCUAAUUUUCCAGCUCCCC